AUGAGGUACGAGAUUGUGUUCCCGUGCGCCGAGAACGAGACCGAGAUUGUCCGAGCAUUUAUGUUCAUGAGAGGGCGUAAAGCUCGAGAGGGAACUUGGGAUCUUCCACCCGAAGGGGCUGAGACGCGCAGAGAGACCGGCCGCGUGGCAGAGAGGGAUGGGCCCUGCCCUCGCCCUCCGCUGCCCGUCGAGCAGGCCCUUACAGCCACGCAUAUGAACAGCACUCCCUUCAUCUUCUUUGCAGAUUCGUUCACCAGCCAAGUGUUGUGGACCCUGUUGAGAGACGUGAAGUUCGGAGAGGCCGUUUCCUACAAGCAAUUAGCAGACCUCACCGGCAACGGCAGAGCGGCGAGAGCGGUGGGAGGAGCGAUGAGGAGCAAUCCUAUCCCGAUUAUAAUACCGUGCCACAGGGUGAUUUGCAGCAGCGGGCAGACCGGCAACUACGGAGGAGGAAACCUUAUGAAAGAGUGGCUUUUGUCGCACGAGAAGCUCCAGAAAGAGAAGUUAGCAUAUUGAUGCGGCUCAGCCACGGCUGCUAACCAGCCAAGACAUACAAUCGCGGAUACUUGGCUUAUAACAAGCUCUCAGAGCACCCAGCAGAAUUCAGAAAAAUGGUAAAUAUUUGAGUGACAUAUAAAUAUAAUGCAACAUCCGAAGUGAAAUGUGUGGUGGCACCACUAUAUUAAAAAAGCGGGAUGCGUCCUGAGGGAUGCAGCUCGCCUGCCCUUUCUUGUUUUUACAUUUUACAGCAGAAUGACUACAGCGGUCCAGGCCUGUUGUGCAUGGAUUUUGUUCCCAUCCCCAGUCCUGUUUUGUUCUAUUUUUAAUGUCCAUUAAAGCACGGAUAAGGGAGUGGGAGGGACAUGGCAAACAUGAGGUGCAAGCCUCCCCCUAAGGAAGCAUCUGGCUCGCCGAGGGGGCAGCCAGCGAGCCC